AUGCCCAACUAUUCGAAAUUUUUGAAAGAUAUUUUUACAAAGAAGAGAAGGUUGGGGAAGUUUGAAACUAUAGCUCUAACCAAGGAGUGUAGCUCAUUCUUCCAGAACAAGUUGCCCCCUAAAAGGAAAGAUCCAGGAAGUUUCACCAUUCCAUGUACUAUUGGAGACUCUUAUUGUGGAAUGGCUUUGUGUGAUUUGGGUGCUAGCAUAAACUUGAUGCCAAUGUCUGUGUUCAAGUGGUUAGGGAUUGGAGAGGUUAGACCUACAACAGUUACUCUUCAACUAGCUGAUAGAUCCCUCACUCACCUUGAUGGAAAAAUUGAAGAUGUGUUGGUAAGAGUUGACAAAUUCAUUUUCCCCACUGACUUUAUUGUUCUAGACUAUGAGGCAGAUAUAGAGGUGCCUAUUAUUUUGGGGAGGCCAUUUCUUGCUACUGGUAGAACUUUGAUCGACGUGGAAAAAGGGGUGCUCACAAUGCGAGCUCAAGAUGAGCAAGUAAUGUUCAAGGUAUUCAAUCCUAUACGUUCUCCAGAUAAGUUGGGGGAGUGUUUGGUCAUUCAUGUCAUGGAAUCUAAUAUGGAGGAAGAGAUACCUUCAAAGUAUAACAAGAGUUUGAAGAUGAAGCUACCUCCUGAAAAAAUUAAGAAAGACAAUGAGCCAUGGAGAAAUGUAAAAAAAGGAAUCGUCUCACAUGCAAGAGCCACAUAG